AUGGAAUUGCAGGAGCGUCGCAGCUGCGAUCCGUUGACCAGCUUGUUCCACCAUGUGCAGCAGGCCCUGCUGGUGGCCGGCGUGGUGUCAGUUUUGCAGCCACUGGGCAUGUGGGCGCUCUUUCGCCGCCAGGAGGAUGCCUUCGUAACCCCGAAGCUGAGGGGCGAGGCCGCAGCAACGAUGGCAGCGGCCCUUAUAGCAGCCAGCGUCGCAGCUCCGGGACCAGCCCAGGCGGAGAGCCCGAAGCUGUCCUUCUUCGGCCUCGGAGGCGGUGUCUCUGAUGUCUACAACCAGAACGACAACCCGAUCAACCCGUACUCGCAGUUCAGCGAGGUUGGAGAUGAGUCCGUCUACAAGGCCCGCACCGACCAGGAGGCACCAGCGGACCAGGGAGCUUUUGGACCUACAGGGGUGGCGCGCAGGAAGAAGGCCCUGGCGAACUCCUUCGAGCGUUUCGACAAGACCGCCUUUUACAUCAAGACGAAGCAGUCGCAGCAGCUGACCUCCAACCUCCAGGAGGCUGCUGGCUUCAAGCAGGUGACACAAGAAAGCGCCGACACCAGAAGCAGCCCAUUGACCAUGCAGCCUUUCCACUAUGUUGGGUAUCUCGGACCUCUUAAUGUGAAAGCAAACUCCGGCGCAGACAUGGUGUACUUCUCUGGUGCCGAAGGUUCCCCGGCUUACAACAAGGCCCGAGAAUUCUCCCAGAAGAUCUCCACCGUGGGUGUGGAUGGCUUCAACAAGGAGUGGGGACGAGCAUCCCAGGACUUUGAGGCCGCAAAGGAGCUGCUGAAGGACUGGAAGGAGCUCGUGAAGUUCUGA